AUGCUGAUAAAAGAAUACAGAAUACCUCUUCCUUUAACAGUGGAAGAAUAUCGAAUAGCUCAGCUUUAUAUGAUUGCUAAGAAAAGCAGAGAAGAAAGCUCUGGUGAAGGCAGUGGUGUUGAGAUAAUUGUAAAUGAGCCUUAUGAAAAUGGCCCGGGUGGAAAUGGUCAGUAUACUCAAAAAAUUUAUCAUGUUGGCAGCCAUUUGCCAGGAUGGUUCAAAAGCUUACUUCCUAAAUCAGCCUUGACUGUUUCUGAAGAAGCCUGGAAUGCAUAUCCCUAUACAAAAACUAGAUACACCUGUCCUUUUGUUGAAAAAUUUUCACUGGAAAUAGAAACCUACUAUUUUGCUGAUAAUGGCCAUCAGGACAAUGUUUUUAAAUUGUCUGGAAGUGAUUUAAAAAAUAGAAUUGUUGAUGUUAUUGACGUAGUGAAAGACCAGCUAUAUGGUGCUGAUUAUGUAAAAGAAGAAGACCCAAAGCUUUUUGUUUCUCAUAAAUGUAACAGAGGGCCACUUUCUGAAUCUUGGCUAGAAGAAUAUUGGCGCGAAGUACAAGGCAAACCUCAACCUCUACCAAAUGGGAAGUCGCUCAUGUGUGCCUAUAAACUUUGUAGAGUGGAAUUUCGGUACUGGGGAAUGCAAACUAAAUUGGAGAAAUUUAUUCAUGAUGUGGCUUUAAGAAAAACAAUGCUAAGGGCUCACCGGCAAGCCUGGGCUUGGCAAGAUGAAUGGCAUGGUCUUACAAUGGAAGAUAUUCGAGAAAUUGAACGCCAGACUCAACUUGCAUUACAAAAGAAAAUGGCUGGUGAAGCAGCUGAAGAAACUGACGUUUCAGAAGAAAAUUCUAAAUCUUUGGCUGCUACUAUGAGCAGCCUUGAAAAGAAUGAAGAAUCAGCAAGUCCAUUUCCUACAAAGAAAAAUAACACAGAACAAAAAAUUCAAAAGCAUUUAAGUCCUGAAAGCACUCCACCAUCUGAAUCAAAAUCAGCCUUAAAAUCAAGCCUUAGAUCAUCUUCUUCUGGUUCCCUCAAAAGUAUACAAACCCAAGUGGCAAAUUGGAGAAUGGAGACAUUAGUUAGAGAAUCAGAGACUGAAACUGGUUCAGAAGAUGAAUUUUAUGAUUGUGAAUCUUCUUUUAAUAAAUGGUCAUCUAUGUGUUCUCUUGAUGAAGCUGAUAUUGAUAUAUCUCCUACUCAAGACAGAGAUCAUAAUCAAGAUGACAGCAUUUUUAACCCAUCCUUCUUGAAGCGUGUAACUUCGGAAAGAGGUUCUCGAAGAGUCAUAACUUUACAUAGUCAUCACAGUAUAGAUGGCUGCCCAGAAACACCUGUUCAUAGUACAUGCCCUACAACAGUUCUAAUUCUUGUAUUCCAUGCUGGAAGUAUUCUUGAUGCAAAUAUUGAUAUGACAGCUAAAAAAUCUGAUGUUACUACAUUUAAAGGGGCCUUCGAAUCUGUUAUGAGGCAGCACUAUCCAACAUUAGUUGGUCAUAUUACUAUAAAAUUAGUUUCUUGUCCAUCAAUUUGUACUGAAGCUCUCGGGGUACUAUCAACUUUAAGCCCUUACAGUUUUGACUGUUCACCCUCAACAAGUGAGACACCUUCCCUAACAAAUGAUCUUAUACCAAUUGGUGCCAUACCACUAAUUGCAACAUCAUCUCCAGAAUAUACUGACCAUGUAACUAAAACUAUUUUAUCUGCAAAUAUGGUUUACAAUGAAUUUAUAAAAUCAGAUGAUGGAAAAGGCUUUAAUGGGCAGGUGUGUAUUGUUGGUGAUUGUAUGGGUUCUGUGCUUGCUUAUGAUGCACUUUGUCGGACUUUGCAGUAUCAAUCGCGGCAUGACAGUGAAAACAGCAUUCUUGACACUGAAAUAACUAUUCCUAAUGAACCCACAGAACAUUAUUUGAAUAAAUCCCAUCUUCAAGCUCCUACGCCUAGAAGACGGUCAUCCACAGCUAGUGACAAUCAGACUAAAUUAGAAUUUGAAGUUAGUGACUUCUUUACAUUUGGAAGUCCACUUUCAUUAAUAUUGGCCUCAAGAAAAAUAUCUGAUGAUAAAUUCAAAGAUAUUGUAAAGCCACCUGUCCAACAAAUAUUUAACUUAUUUCAUCCUACUGAUCCUGUGGCUUCUAGAUUAGAACCAUUACUAUCAGCCCGAUUUACAAAUCUUCCACCAAUAAAUGUUGCUAGAUAUGCUAAAUAUCCUUUAGGAAAUGGGCAGCCCUAUCAUUUAAUGGAACUUAUUCAAAGCCACCCAACCUUAUUUGGAGACCAUUUACAAAUGCCACCUACUCCUGUUCUUAGAAGACUAUCAGAAGCAUCAGUUCAGAGUACCGUUAGUGGUUUAGCUGAUAAUAUUCCGUUAAUUACUAUGAAUGCUCUCCAACAAAAAUGGUGGGGCACCAAACGACUUGAUUAUGCCCUAUAUUGCCCUGAAGGUUUGGCCAAUUUUCCGACAAAUGCAUUACCGCACCUGUUUCAUGCAAGUUACUGGGAAAGUUCAGACGUUAUAGCUUUCAUAUUACGUCAAGUGGGUCAUUUUGAUUUAGCUCUAUAUAGUCAGUCUGAAGACAAAGAGAGUGCAAUGUUUAAACCCGGUCAAGAUAAAGAAAAGUGGAUGAGAAAAAGAACUUCCGUUAAAUUAAAGAAUGUUGCAGCUAACCAUAGAGCAAAUGAUGUUAUUGUGAUGGAAGGCUGUCCUCAAACGUUUGUAGCGCGAUUUAUGUAUGGGCCGCUUGAUAUGAUAACUCUGACGGGGGAAAAAGUAGAUAUACACAUGAUAAAAGAUCCACCUGCAGGAGAAUGGACUUUAUUGUCUACAGUAGUUACUGACAAAACUGGAAGAAUUACUUAUACAUUGACUGACAAACAAAGCGUCGGAUGUGGUAUUUACCCAGUAAGAGUGGUUGUCCGAGGUGACCACACAAGCUGCAAUUUUCAUCUAGCAGUGGUUCCGCCACAGACCGAGUGUGUUGUUUUUAGUAUUGAUGGCUCAUUCACUGCCAGUGUAUCAGUUACUGGUCGAGAUCCUAAAGUGAGAGCUGGAGCUGUUGACGUAGUACGCUUUUGGCAAGAUUUGGGGUACCUAAUUCUUUACAUAACAGGAAGACCAGACAUGCAACAAAGAAAAGUUGUGUCAUGGUUAGCUGAGCACAACUUUCCUCACGGCUUAGUAUUUUUUUCGGAUGGAUUUUCAACCGAUCCCUUAGGACAUAAAGCUGCACAUUUGAAUAAUUUAAUUACCGAACAUGGUGUAAUUAUACAUGCUGCUUACGGCUCAGGAAAAGAUAUAAGCGUAUAUCACAAUUGUGGAUUAUCACAAAAACAGAUAUAUGCUACAGGAAAAAUAAGUAAAAAAUAUAGCAACAUGGCUACGACUUUAUGUGACGGGUACGCAUCUCAUUUAGCUGAUUUGAAACAGCCAGGUGCCGUUAGACCGGCCAGAGGAAAUGCCCGUCUCCUUGUUCCACGACGUUUGCUGGCACCAGUGAACACUUCUGUUGCUACUCGAGGUCGCCGUUAAACACCGAUCUACAUCUACCAUGUCCCCUAUCUGUGUGAGGUAAGUGAAAAACCCAUUGCAGAAAUGUAGAAUUUCAUUAAAACGUUUCAGUAACGAAAAAAAAAUAUUUCUUAAAUAUAUUAAAAACUAGUAUUUAUCAUAGGUAUAUAUUUUCAAAAAGAAUAUCUUAAGAUGAUAUUUUAUCAUAGAAUUAUUCGCGUAUUCGAAAUUAUUGUAAAAUCAUAGCUUCACUAAAAGAACAUCUUAACAAUCAAAACGAUUUAGUUAGUUUUAUCGUCACUGUGUACCUUAUAUAUAUAUU